CACAACCAGAUGAAAAUAAUUUAUUACCUGUCCCUUGUUCAUAUGAUAUGGGUUGGCAGAAACGAGGGAAAGGGUUCAACUCCAAUACUGGGCAAGGAGCAGUUAUGGGAUUACAUACUGGGAAAAUUUUGGAUUAUGCCACAAAAAACAAAACAUGCAUGACAUGUGAUCAUACUCGUCGGAUGAAAACAACCCCAACCAAACAUGACUGUAGAAAGAAUCACACAGGUUCAUCUAAGGUUAUGGAGCCAAUUUCUGCUGUUGAACUCUUCAAUAAUGCUCCCAAACAAGGUGUAAAGUAUUCAACAUACACAGGUGAUGACGAUUCAACAACAGAAAGCUAUAUUCACCAGCAGGUUCCUUACGGAGUAGAGAAAUUCAGCGACAUUAUCCACAUGAAACGGUCUCUCACAACCAGGUUAUACAACCUCAGCAAAACGGCAAAAUUCACUGACUGUUCACCAUUGUCGUCAAAAGUGAUUGAAUAUCUGGUCAAAUGUUUUUCCAUUGUAAUCGGCCAAAACAAAGGAGAUCCAAAGUCCAUGCAGUCAUCAAUGAAAUGUAUUGUCCCUCAUGCAUUUGGCGACCAUUCCUGUUGUAGCGAGUCAUGGUGUGGAUGGAAACAAGAUUCGUCCAAUUACAGGCAUGCCAACCUUCCGUAUGGAAAAGAUUUGCAUGGACAGCCAUUAAAAUCUGCCCUUGAAGAUCUGUUUGCACAGUACUACACCGACAAUGUAAUUACAAAACUUUCUCCUGCUGCAAACUCGCAACGAAAUGAGUCCCUCAACAGUACUGUAGGCUCAAAGAAUCCAAAAAUUCGAUUCUACGGAGGAAGUGAGAGCAAUGAUUUCCGUGUCGCCUGUGCAGUGGCUCAAACAAAUGCUGGAUACGGUUAUGUCUGCAGAACUCUAGAAGCUUUGAGGAUAGAUCCAGGCUUGACUUGUACCAGAUAUACCCUAGAAAUGGAAAAAAAGAAAGACAAAGAUUGUCAAAGAAAGAAUUCUCUUGAAUUUAAAAAGCGUAGAAACCAGUUACAUACGAAGAGAAUCCACGGCAUUGCAAGAAAGGAAAAACAGGAGGGGAAAACGUAUGAAACAAAUGUUGGCCUUAAUAUCGACCAAACAACUGGGCCCACUGCAAUUGACCAUCAAAUCAAAGAAAUUUCUCGUUUGUUUGAUGACCAUAUCUCUGUAGAAACUUUAAAAAGCUAUGAAGUGGCAGUUUCACCCUUUACCCCCCGACCAGUAUUUCCAGCUAUGAUAUAUGACAGCAAGUUAUUUUACAACAUUAUUAUAUAUGACACAGAAACAAAUACUACAGGCAAAGCUGCCCAGUUGUGUCAAUUGUCAGCUAUCGACAAAUCAGGUCAUAAUUCGUUUUCAGAAUAUAUUUUGCCCACAAAAGACAUUGACAAACAUGCUUCAAGAGUAAACAAACUCUCGGUAAAAACUCUGAACGGGAAACGAACACUUUUUAAAGAAACAGCAGCUUUAAAAACCCUUACCUGUGAUGAUGCCUUGUCCCGCUUUAUUGUUUACCUGAAAACAUCCAUCGACAAUCUCAGAAGAGAAACAACGAAAGAUAUUUGCACGGUUCUCAUCGGCCAUAACUCCAAGAAAUUUGACACCCCAAUUUUUUUGCGCCACAGUUGCAAUGAUGUUCAUGCGAAAUUACAGGCGAUGGGAAUUUGGUUUGGCGAUAGCCUAUCCCAGUUCGAUCAUCUGGUGAAAAGCAAACAUGAAGCACUAAAUCUGUCUAAUGGCCAAACUUGUUCGUCGAAAGAAUCAGCAUUUUACGACCGUUUGUUCAACGAGACAUUUGAUGCACACGACGCCUUAGAAGAUGUUAUUGCCCUACGUCGAAUUCUGUUUGCUUCGCCGCUUCGUCUUUCGGAAGAAGACAUCGUAUCGUAUUGCAAGCCUGUUUCGAGUUCCGAUGCACUAAACGACUGCCAGUACUUGGACAAACGGCACGAACUCCUGUAAUAGUAUUGCGAACUUGAUGAGAAGCUGUUCCGAACGUUUCCGAAGGCUCAAAAUGGCGGUAAAAAGGAGUGACUUCAUUGUGCGUCUUUACAGCCAGAUUUCAAGCGCAAAAAUAAACAUGUCAUUCUAAAAACUAGAAAUAAAUACAGCCAGAAGGAUCAAGAAAUUGUAUUGUACAAGAACAUGAACUAAAGGUGAUUGUUGACAAAUUUAUCGUCUGAAACAUUUUGUUUAUCAACUAAGCAAUGACAAUUUCCGAAUUUUCGUUUGAGAUACAUUUCUUUAAAAAAAACUGUGUCGCCAAAUAUAAAAAAUUUUCGUGUUCACAUUAAUUAAACUUUAGGAUUUAUUCUACAUUUUGAGUGGGUUAAGAAGCUUCACUUUUCGAGAGUUUUCUUAACUUUGAGUUUGAAUUUUUGUUUUGAAUAAUUUUACAAAAAUUUUCGAAGUCGUGUCCGUUAAAAUCAACAAUUUUUUACAUGAAUUAUAUUUCAUUCCAUACUUUAAAUGCCAGGACGCUUUCAAUUAAUGUUUAGUCUACCCAUUUGCUAUAUUUUCUCGUUUGUUUUACUAAUUUUUGACCAAUUAAUAAGCAUGUUUUUGUUUUAGAAAUUGAUAUUCAAAUUCCCCGCCAUAUUUUCAUAAUUUGGUGCAUGCGCAGACGUUUUUCCGCGAUGUUGGCUUUUGCGUGUAAGUCACGCAAUAGAUGGGCGCGCAUUCUCAGAUGGUAAUCUUGUGGAGUUGAAAUUUUAUCACGUCAGCGAAAAAUCAUUUGACCGCGCAAAUUUUGUAAAUGCAAUAAUUUUUUUUUUCUUCGGUCAAUUUUUCUGAAAUUUUGUAUUUUAAAAGUACUAGUCAUUUAUUGUAAUAUACUGAAUUUUUAAAAAUUCUGUAAAACAGUUUUUGUGGAACAAAUUUCACGUAAUAUCUCAAAAACUGAAUUUAUAACCCUGCCUAAUUUUUUGAUAUAAUCUUCCACUAGUUAUUCUCUUUACACCUACAAAAUUUCAGCAACUUUGACCGAAGGAAAUUUUAAUAAAUUCGUUUUUAGUCCAACAUUUGAUCUUUGUCUGUUGUUGCUUAGGCUACAUUGUUACCAUAGCAACACACAAUUUGCUUCUUUCGAACGAUUACACUUGAAGUAUAAAGAUUAUGCAAGCAUUUCUACUUCCAAAAAGACCCCCAUUUCACAUAAAUAGCAAAUAUUUUGCGUCAUUGUGACGACCUUAUUUUCGCUGCUGUUUCUGUACAACUGUAGGGAGCCACCUUAAAGUAUUUACCCUCGCGAUCGGAUUUAAUUCAUGUCAGCUAUGAGAAUUCUUCUUAGUAAAUACAGAGCAAGAAAAGUUGAUUUAUAGUAUUAAAAAUCAUGGACUAUUAAAUAUCAUCACUGCGGGUAAUAUUUCGCCGAAUCCCCCGAGCGGAGGGUCUAUAAAUGAUAUAUUAGAUAGAUAGAUAGAUAGAUAGAUAGAUAGAUAGAUAGAUAGAUAGAUAGAUAGAUAGAUAGAUAGAUAGAAACUUUUAUUUAAACACGCUAACCAUUGUCAACCUAGGCUGAUUUCCACAAGGGGCGUGUACAAUAAUAAAAUUACAAAGAUAUAGUAUAUAGUAAGAUAUUACAUACAGUAAGAAAUAUAUAUAUAUAUAUAUAUACAUAAUUAUAUAAGUAUAAGAAUAAUAAUGCUAUUCAAAAAUGUGAGUAUUCAAAAAUGUGAGUAGCGAUUUUAGUUUCAAAGGACAUGAUGGAGUUGCUCUCUCUAAUUUCGGUUGGUAAAGAAUUCUAAAUGUGUGCCCGUCAAACAUGAAACUUUUUUUCAAGCUAUUUGUACGCGGCUGUGGUAAGCAAAGAGUACUUUCCACAUCUCGAAGUUUAUAAUUUGUCAUUUCACUUUUGAAAGUAAAUAAAUCAGUAAGUGAUUUAGGACCCAUUUUAUUCAACAAUUUAAACAUCAGUUUGGACUUAGCCUUUAUUCUUUCCGUUUUAAGUGGCUUCCAGUCUAAAGCAUCUAAAGCAACCAGAUGAUCUACAUCAUUGCUCAUAUUCAUUAUGAUUCGAGCAGCUCUGUUUUGGAGCUCUUGGAGGCGUUUUGAUUGUGUUUCACCAAACACAUCCCUUACUUCACAGCAAUAUGUAAAGUAUGGGCGAACAAUAGAAUUAUACACAGAGACAAGUGUAUCUUUCUCAACAAAUUUUUUUAUUUGACGAAGAGCUGAUAUCCCGGAUGUUAUUUUCUUGCAAAUUGUUUCAGUAUUAUUCUUCCAAGACAAAUGCUGGUCAACAGUCACUCCAAGAGUUUUGCAAUCAUAUACUUGUUUAAUUGGUUUGUUUUCUAUGAUAAUGUUUGGUUGUUUAUUUGAGAUACUUUUUAUCAUUGGUUUAGAUCCAAUUAAUAUAAAUUCUGUUUUGGCCACAUUUAAACUUAGUUUAUUGGCAAUUAACCAUUUCCUAAGGUUUCCUAAAUCAGAAUUCAUUGCAGCUUCAACAUCAUUUAUAGAUUCUCCCGCAGCUGUUAGGUUUGUAUCAUCAGCAAACAGUGGAGGUUUUGUUUUGCUUAGACACUGA